AUGGACGCGACGACUCCUGCCGUCCAAGACGACUCAAAACAAGACCAUUUUCUAGCGACUCCUGUUGCGAGCCCUGAAGCUAACCGAUCUAUCGACGUGGGCCAGUUGGCCAGCGAUGACUGCCACAGUGACCGGGACCAUGAUGCACCCGCGGGCGGCCUACUGAAUUUCGCUGACGUCCCUGGCCAACUAUCUCACCUGCCAUUGAACCCUGGUUCAUCCAAUCCCUCCUCCACCUACGCCCCGGAUCCUAAUUCCAGUUCGCUCACGUCCUCACUCUCUGCUAUCGACACGACGACAACUGAUUUUGCCUCGCCCAAAAGCACUACUUCCGCGACCAACACGACUCCUGGCGCUUCUGCCGCGGUUACCCCUGCCACCACCACAAGGACAACAUCAACAUCAACAAACGCUCUUCAACCAUUCCCUACUCCAACGUCACCCCUACCAUCUUCCAGUCUUCGCAAAACCUCUCCCGGAUUGGCUGCCCGACUAAAAGCUCUCGGCUUCGGCUCUCAAAAAUUAUCAACGCCCUCGAGUACACCCCAAAUCGAUCAUAUCGGUCGUCUAGACGAGGAUCAACUUCGACAGCUCGACGAGAAGCACCAAGCGGGUUCGAUCAAGUCGGUUAUCGCUCGGCGCGGUCGCCCGUGGAAGGGCGCCGGCGCUUCUUCUUCACCAAAGGCCGUCGCCCUCGAACCCUCUCUUAUGCUCUCGUCGUCAAAGCUCGAGGACGACGAAUCUGCAGCAGCCCUAUUGCCCGAGUUCAAACCUCACGAGCCCUUGGAUAUGGAUACUCAGAAGUAUCGUCUUCCGGACCAUACCAAUGGAAAUGGAACAAAGGUCACCCUCGACACCCGUCGAGAGCACAUCGAACGCACCACACGUCCCCCAUCCCCCGACAGUGCAGACCUUCCUCCACCACCGCCCCCAAAGGAUACACCACCUGAGCCGACACCUACCGAUUACGUCCCCAACUUAAACUCAUACUUCACACCUGGUCACAAUCGACCAGGCUCUAUAUACACACUAUCCCGUGCCUCAUUCGCCUCUCAACUAGGCCAGUUGACGUCACUACAACUUCCGGAUGCUGAGUCACUAGCAAGCCAAGUGAAUGCUAUUCCAACUGCCCAAGUUGCUGCGAAAGCGUUGAUCAACGCCGCCGAGCAAAUCAGAAGCUGGAUAUCGAAAGCAUCGGAGGUGGUUGAGGGUCUCGAUAGCGAAGAUGACGUCGAAUGGGCUGCUGCAGGUGGUCGCGAAGGUCUCUCCGAGGUUGAAACGGCCAUCGCGCGUUUCGAAGGGCUUGUCAAAGCUUAUGUGGGGGCUAUUGAACAGCUCCAGAACAGAAGAGAUAUUGUCAAUGUAUCUGCAGAAGAUCUUACCCGUGCUGUUUGUCAGAUGGAAUCCGUCAUUCAAGAAUGGAGCAAGAUUCGCAGAACACUGCAUAAUGUGAGAAACCAGGUGGAGAUCGCGAUGGAGUGGGAGGAGCUUUGGAAUAACGUUCUUGGGGACGUGCAAGGGGAGAUGGACGAAUUGAGCAGAUUGGUGUUCGAGAUGGAGGAACGACGCCAUAAGAGUCUGAUGGCCGCUGCCAGUGGGGAUAGCGUCGACAUUGGAGACCUUGAGACGAUCGUGGAAGAGAAUCCUUCUCAUGCAUCUCGAUUACAAGCACCAAGUCGUUUCAGCCUUCCAACUUUCCCGGUGUCACCCACCUCACCUGGUACACCUACUCUAUCACAAGACGAUUCGAGUUUACUGGCGCUGUUUGCUCGAAUGCAGCCUCUCAGAGCUUCCCUUGACUUCCUACCGAUGCGACUCUCCAUGUUCGAAGCAAGAGCCAAAGCAGCUUUUCCCACGGCUUGCGAGGAGCUGAACAUGCGACGUGAAGGACUUGAUGCAAGCUACAGAAAACUAGAGAAGGAUGCGGAAUCAUUGCGCAAAGAGCUGGGCGAGGACCGUUGGGUAAUUGUCUUCCGAGGCGCUGGAAGACAGGCCCAGAAGAUGCAAGAAUCUGUUGAACGCUCAUUGUUCAAACUCAAAGAAGCGGCUGAUGCCGGUUUACAUUUGACUAACCAGCCCGCUAUGAUGAAGAAGUUGGAAAGUUACGAGGCCAAGAGGAUGCAUUAUGGCCCGGCUAUCGAGCGCGUUCUUUCGAUUAUCGACAAAGGUGUCAGCGAACGAUUGACCGUUAAUGGGGAGAUUCUACGCUUACACACGGAUUUGCAAAAUCGAUGGCACAGUCUCAAGCAAGAGAUGAAGGAUGCGGAGUCGAUAGUUGACGAUAUCCAUGCAGACAAGAGCCAGCAAUUGCGUGACUCCAUCUCCAGUAUGCUAUCGAACGAUCGGUCGACUCUGGGUAGUGGACAUGAAACCCCCGGCAGCUCACCACCAUCCUCGGUCAUCAUGUCUAGUCUUGGAAUGGAUCCUCAAACGCCGAUGUCAAAGCCUCCUAAAGUGCGGGCCACCCCAGGAGCUACCAAUCGUGCAAUCCCCCCAAAUCGCCGGCACUCGUCGUUGCCAGCGCCAACUUCACAAACUGGUCGAAAAGCAGCCUCGUCUCGUCUGUCUACCAUCUCUACUUCUUCAUCUGCCACAAAUCUAUCUGCAAGCCAGAUCAAACGUCCGGACUCGAAACUAGCGCAUCGGCCACGUUGGAAUGGCUCGACGAACACAUCGGACGUCGAUACUGGCCACAAUUUCAAACCACUCUCGCUCACAACACCCAGCCCAUAUGCCAAGACGAGCCCUUACAUGCAAAGAUCAGUUGGCUCAACUACACCCGGGUCUAGUACUUCAAAGCUGCCAACAUUACGCAGCCCUAACGCUCGUGCCUCUUCAGCAUCUCCCAGAGUGGAAACGCCCACUAGAACUGCGCAUUCCAGCCUCUCUUUCAGAGAAAGACUUGCUUCUCCUGGUGCAAAUACCCAACCUUUGCCUAAGCCGCGUCUGGCUUCUCAUUUAUCGACCACUGCCCUGUCCGGCAGGCGUUCGUCUCUGCAGACUUCUAGAUCCAUCGGAGACGACGACCGCCAUAGCAGACCUGCCAGCUCUCUUGCCACCAUGUCGAGGAGAAUCAGUCUUCUCCCUCAGCCUAGAGCAGAUACAGGACGAGCGAGUCCCGCCGCUGUUGCGGGUGCUCGAUCUGCAAUGCGGAAGCCUUCCCCUGCCGAGCCAAAGGAUUCAAAGCCAAGGUGGAGGCACUAA